CCGUCAUGAUUCAACCAAACCCAGCAGCUCUGCUCUGUCUUCACUUCGUAAUGAGCCACGUUAACACAGGGAGUCCAGUUGACUACAGGGAUAUUCUGGUACCAAAGGGAGACUCUGUCACGCUCACGUGCAACACAUCAAAAGAAAAUUCAACACAAAUUAUGUGGAAAAAAGACAGAUUUCAUUUUGCUUAUUUAUUCUCAAAUCAUGCGAAUGUUUCAAAUUUCACCUCACACAGACUGAUAAUAGACCCUCACUCACCAUCAGUGCUGAAUAUAUCUAAUGUUCAGUAUGAAGACGCAGGACUUUACACGUGUGAUGUAACUAGUGCUACAGAUGGUGUAAAAAGCAUAAGGUGGAAUUUAACUGUAUUUGAGGAAUCUGAAGAACUCAGUACUUACACUCCAUUAUGGUGUUCAACACUUGUAGCUGUAGUUCUUCUGAGUGGCUUCAUUUUGUUUGUCUACAUUUACAGGACAAAAUGUCGGCUCAGGAGGCAGAAUCAGGAACCAAACCAGAACCAGCCAAACCUUCAAUCAGAUGAGCUGCUUGUUUCUCAACCACAGCGUCACAGAGGUCACAGAAACAGCUGCCACUAUGAGAGAAUCAAUUCAUUAUAUAAUUUAUAAUCCCCUCUGUGAAAAAACAAUGUUCCAACAGUAUUUUUCAUUUA